AUGCCUCUUUUUCUUUCUGACAAAUUAGAUAUUCCGCUAAAACGUGUAUUUAUUUCUAUACCCCUUUUUACGCUCUUAAUCAUUCCUAUCCACUGCAACAACCGAGAGCUUUCUCGUGCUGAGUCACGACGUUUCCUCUCUCUCAUCACUAAGACUCUUCAUAGUCCAACCUCAGGAUGCCCUGAUUUGUUGAUUUCUGCGGAGUCAGAAGCGAAUCAACUUGCGCUGAAAAAUUACUCCUACCUCUUGCCAUUUAGGCCGAGCUAUGCUGACUUUCUACGUACUAUUAUCACGCCUGUGGCACUCCAUAACUCCUAUCGGCGGGAUAUUGUUCGAGCGGCCUCUCUGGCAGAACUUAUAAUCAAUUGGCUCUCUCUAAAGGGCCUAACAUUGGCUGAAGGGACGUCUGGAAAUGUGGAAUUAGAAACCUUCUUGGGACCUCUGAUGCGAUCUUUUACGCAGACAUCAUCUUACUACUCUAGGAGUAGUAGGAGAGGCGGACGUGAAGACGAAUCCGUGGUGAAUAGUGUGACGAUCUGCAUGGGUAGCGGGCACCUCAUAUAUGUGGAAAAAACGAUUCCGAACAUGGAAAGCUUUGGUUCCAGACCGCCAAGUAACCUCUGCACACUCAUGACUUUGAUAUUGGAGGGUUCAACUCUCAAACCUAUCUCCUCGACCAUUCAGGUGGUUGGAGUGUGGGCACCCCUUCACUGCAUUUCCGAUAUGUCUGUGCCCGGAAAAAAAAUACCCCUUCAUUUAAUCAUUCCGAUUCCACAUGUGAAAUCAGCAAGUCUGGUUUUUGAGUUCGACCUCCGCAACCUAACUCUUGAUCUCUGUGCUGCUGGGCUUGACUACUGCCGUCAUAGUACGACGCAGUGCGUCUACCGCCAAUACAAGGCAUGGGCCUUCGAUGUUGCCAAUUACAUCUGUCAAUGCAAACCCGGUUUUUACACGGAUCGGCCUGAAAAUGGCUACCCAGCGGAGCUGUACAUGCAAGAGACGCAGAGCAGUGCCAGCGGUGCUAUUAGUGGGGAGAGCGAGAGUCGCAAAGCCAAAGGCCUAUGGGACCGCAUGAGCUGCAAGGUUUGCCCACCUGACUGUCCCAACUGCACCUCAAGCACACUUUGUGGAGUAGAAUACAAUAUGCAUCUCCUACGCGGCAUUCCUUUGGCCGUGCAGACUUUCUCAAUCACCACCACCCUCCUGCUUGGGGUCCUCACCUUUCGCCUCCGCCGCACUAGGGUAUUCAAAGCGGCUAACUGGAAGUUUUUGGAAAUAUUUCUUCUUGGUGUCGUUCUCCUUUACUCCACGAGCAUUGUGAUGUACUUUCAAGCGAGCAGCUCCACAUGCAUUCUCCUGCCAUGGUUUCGGGAGGUCGGAUUCGCCCUUAUGUAUGGUGUGCUGAUUGUCAAGCUGUAUCGGGUGUUGAUCUGCUUCCAAUCACGUAAAGCACAUCGAGUGCAUGUACGUGAUAAGGACCUCUUCAGAUAUCUUGGCUGCUUCGUGGCUAUUGUGAUUGGUUACAUGCUGGCAUGGACAGCGGCCACUCUGGAUUAUACACGAUUCCGCAGCCUUGCGGGUGUGCCCACUGUACCCACCACCGCUACUCUGCUUACAGCUCAGCAGUCCACUUUCGAUAACAUUCUGGUGAAGGGUCGCAUUCAAAUGAUGGUUCAGCGAUCCCCACACUCUACUCCAGUACCACCUCCACCUCAGUCACCCUCAUUCACCCACAACACCACCUCAAGCUGCGCCUUCUGUUCCAACACCACUGUAACUAAUCUAACCUCAGUUAGGCGAGACGGAGAGGAACCGUCGAUGGUGGAAUUGGCACACCUGGGAACAGAGCAGCAACAAGAGGGAAGGAAGGAAGGUGAGAAGAAUUCCAACUCUGGAGUACGCCACCAAUACUUUCGUGUUUGCCGCGCCAUGUCCUGGGACAUUGUUGUUCAACUCGGUGAAAUGGCAAUUCUUCUUGCCGGUGUCCAUUACUGUCGCCUUAUUUGGUCUGCGCCCUCAGAAUACAACGAAAACCGAUGCAUUACAAUCGUCCUCCUAACUGAACUCGUUGGCUCUGGGACCCUUUACCUGACUCGCCACUUCAUUUGGUACUCUACACACCCAGACGUCAUGUACCUUAUAUAUUUUGUAAGGUGCCAUUUAACCGUCACCGUGAAUAUUGCGAUUAUUUUCGGCCCUAAGUUCUGGUACAUACAUAGACCCCCCUCUCCACAAGUAGGGGGCAUGGUUGUGGGAGUGAGUGGAGGCCGGCGAGGCAUGGUGGGAGCCGUUCCUGGGGCGUCGGCGGCGCCUCAUUUAGUUCCCUCUAACAACAAACUCCGUCUCGCCUCCAACGGCGAACUCGAUCUUGCUGACGUCAAUCUCGCCGACAUGGAUCCCGAGGUGAUUCGGCGGGAACUGAAGCGCCUCUAUACGGCCAUUGAGAUCUACAAGACCAAGGCCAUGCGUCGUGACAAUCCGCAUAUUAGUAAAAGGCGCGGUGGACGCAAACAGCGUCGAUUUUCGCUUCAGCCUUUUCAUAAGAAACACCACGGCAGUGGUAUGGGCGAUUGCGGAUCAGGUUACCAGGGCGACGUUAGCACAACAAGUAACAUUGGUGGUGGUGACCGUAGUGUGAUGCGCUCAGGGACAAGUGGUGGGAAAGGUGCCUUGUUGGGCAGUUUGAUGGUAGAUGAGGAGACUUCACGAGUGUCCGAGGGGUCCCUCACCAGCCUCGUCGACGCUGCAGACCGACGCUUCGUCUCGCAGCAGGGUGUCAGCGGGUGCAUUAGGUCAAAGACCCAGCCCUCCCCGCAAGAAUACGGGCGCAGCCGAGAGACGACAAUCUGUGGCAGUGAAGGCGCUAGCAAUGGUUGA